ACGAUUCUGCCGUAUCGCAUAUACCUUUAGCCCUCUUUACCCCACUGAGAGGGUAGCCGUCGUCCUAGACUCGCAUUUCUUGACGAUGGCACAUAUUCCCGAAGGAUGGGAGUCCGAUUACGACGGUUGUCGGUGGUUUUACCGCUUCAAAACCACUGGCCUUACACAAUACCAUUUCCCGCGACCAGGCGACGAGUUUCCCGAAUUAGUAGGCAUCGGUUUCGGGCCCCUCGACAUUACUCCAGUGAAUAAACUCGUUGAUGAAUAUAAAGUUACUGAGAAAGGCGCUCCAAAUGUAACCAGAAAUGACGGAAAGACGGCGCUGGCUAAUGGAAAAGAUGAAAUGGGGGCUACGGGCUAUUUUGACCCAGACGACUUUAUGUACUUUGGGCUUAACGAUGGAAGCUCAGCCGGUAAUGAGAACAGUGUCACAACCGAUACGACCGCAGGGCCAGCAUCCCUAAUGAACAAUAAGAGCAAAUCACCACUAGCAGAACUUGAAUCGUCGCAAAGAUGGUCGCCCGUAGGAUUCGUUUCCGAGCUUGCCAGCGGCGACACAGAAAAAUGCGCAGAGGAGUUAGCUCCCAUCGAAAUGGAUGCAACCCAGAUCGCCCAAACACCCUUACAACCCAAUGUUCACCAGAAUGCUGUUGUAGAAUUGUCGACGGAGAGGAAUCCAGUGGAAGAGAAAGCACCGGCACAGCAUCCAAUUCGAGAGACCAUGGAACCUGUUGAAGAGUAUCCGCUAGUUUCGGCUUCAUUUGCCUAUCCUCCGCUAAAAAAGACCAUUAAGCCCGUGGAUGGCGCGCAAGCGGAACCCCCUCAGGCAGAACAGAAAGUCGUGGCUUCUCAACGGCCACCAGCGGCUAGGAUAGAGCAGAACGAAUACGAGACAUGGAAACCCACACAUGGAAUCAACAGUGAGGAACUGAAGAACUCAUAUAGAACCUCUAUGACAUUGUCCAGUAUAUCAGUUCUUCAGUCUCAAAACACAGAACUUGGCCCUAUCAACCAGAAGCGGCAUUCGCUUUCAGGGCUUGUUGAACCCUCGGAAGAGACUCAUAACCUCCCCGGUAUUUUGAGGCAACCGUCAGAUCCUAGGACGUCAGCAAUUACAUCCACACCUCUCCCAGAAGUUGAUACUUCACCUAUUCCAACUGUCCUCCAACCCGCAGUGCCACCAACAGAAGUAACACAAGAUAAUUCACAACCGCAGCCUACACAGACCAGCAUCCCAACCUUGCCAGGAUCUGGCGCCAGGCACGAGAGUAUCUCUUAUGGUUCGGGGGUUUCUGUUGUUGAUUCUGGUCCAGCUCGUAUGCCAUCGAUACUCAGACCUGCUCAUAACUUGAAUGGCACCCCGGGGGAUCAGCGUCCGCUCCAGACGGCAAAUAUCACUCGUCCAGGUACUCAUCGGGUCAGCACUCUACCAACUCAACUAUCAUCUCAUAUACCAUCCCCGCCAAAGAUAGGGGGACCCGGAAUAUAUGUCUUUCAGGAAAUACCAACAACGACAGGAUCUAUGGCCGAGCAAAGCAAGCCUUCCGUUCCUGUCGCAGCCCUGGCUGACUCGAGCGGCCAAAGUGCUUCUUUCCAGAACCCUCAUCAGCCUACGGAAACUUUCCAUCCUAUCAUGAACGAGCCGCUCCCUGUAGUUGCUCCGCUUUCCCUAUCUAGACCUCAGAAACCAGCAAGUCCAGACAGAAUUUCGAAUACUAGCGCCCAAGGAUCCAUAUCUAGCUCUCCUAUCUUCCAAAGUAAGCCACAGAAGAAACCUUUAGCUUCACAGAACACUGGAAACGCUAGCCCUACUUCUGGAACCCCUGCGAUGGGUUCAACUAAUAUUCCAAUACGACCUCAUCCUACGUCUCAACAAGGACUUCAAUCAUCUAUGGGACCCCUUAGACCUGGUUCUGUACCACAGGUCCAUCCUAAUCCCAUGGUACCUCAAGUAUCUCCUGGGAAGCCAACUGGACAACCUAUCCAAGCGCAUAAUUACCAGAAGCCAUCAAUAUCGGACUCAUCACAGCACUCUCCUCAAGUUUCGCAGAGCUCGUCGAUAACACAUGUCUCUUUAGACAGUACACACUCACAAUGUCAGACGAUUAUAAAUAAUACGCACAAUCCACAGGCACCUGUCCAAAGACCCAACCAUGGCAUACCGACUACAAUUCAGGCCUCUGGUAGUAUUUCAGCUAAUGCAUCGAGUCAACCCACAACCGCACAAGCCAUCGCAUUUAAUCAACAGAGACCACCAUCAAAUUCUUCCCCUAGUCAAAGGCCCCAAAAUAACCAACAGCCAGGCCAGAAUAUGCCGACCGGUAUAGCUACAGGGCAACAUAAACCACAGCCUCCAUCUCCUCUAGCCCAACCUGUCUCUCCAUUACAGAGUCAGGUUUCUUCGCCGGCUCCUUCGAUCGCCUCUCUCCAUCGACCGCCAUCCUCCGCAUCGUCACAUACGUACGGUACUGCGCAGAAUGCUGCAGGUCAAAACCGACCGCCGAAUAUGACCAUUCAUCAGAAUUCUCCUCAUGUUAUAAGGCCGACGGCGGCGCAAGCGUCUCAAGUUCAAGCGAGUCAACAUAUUACUCAAUCACCCAGCCCUGCUAUCAACGGUGCUUCAAAACCAUUUCCCAUGCUCCCGGGGCAGGUGAAGCCACUGCCUUCCCAAGUCGGAUCGCCCCAUAUUCCCACACAGAACCAGUCAAUACCUACUACUACAGCACAAGUUCAAUAUAUACAGGGACAGACGGUAUCAGUGAAGCCUACCCAGCAGCAACCCGGAGGCCAACAGAUGGUGCAAGCGACAGUGCAGAGACCGCCUCAGCAACAGCUCAUAAAUGGAAACCAUGUACAACUUUCCGGAAGUUCAGUAUCUGGGCAGCCGACUCAGUCGACAGUACAGCAUGGACAACCUCGACCGACUAUACAGGGGGCACCGACUCAACAACAAACCCUUGUACAAUCACCCGUAAAUAAUCAAAAUCAUCCAACAUAUAUGCAACAAAGCAUGGGUAAUCUUAAUCAAUUAUCCAGUGGACAACCUGGGCAAGUAGUUACGAGCACAAUACAUGGAGCCACUACACAGUCGCAGAUAUCUCAGGGGAUCCAAUCCCCAACCAUGCAACAAUUCGCCGGUCAGUCGAUGGUACAAGGACAGCAACAACUAACCCAAACCCCCGGGCUUAAUUCUAAUUUCUCACAAAUACCGGGACAGAAUAAACCUUUCACCUCGGCUCAGGCAGCUGCUGCACUGUCCGAUGCAGGCAAGAAAAUGAAGAAAUGGGCCAAGAAGACCUGGCAGAAUCCCGCUUUAAAACAGUCUUCGGCGGCGAUAGGGGGCGCAAUUAUUGCCGAGUCAAUUGGAAUGAAUGGGGCAACCGGAGCUUCUCUGGGAAAUAAUAUAUAUAAUAAUAUGCAAGGUCAACCUCAAGGCCAACAUCAGAGUCAGGGUCAGCUUCAAAACAGCCAGCAACAACGGCCGCCAGGUGUACAGCAUGCUUAUACUACGCCACCACAGACACAGAUACUUCAAGGCGGAGGUAUUGCAUCCCAACAGGUGCAGGCCAUGAACCGACCUCAGCUACAGCAGGGCUUACAACCCGCUGGUGUUCAGACACCGGGUCGGCCCCCUAUAGUACAGAACCCGGGGAUGACAGGAACUCCGGCGAAUUAUAAUGCUGCACAACCAAAUAUGGCAAACCAACAAGCCCCUUAUCAGAUCUCACGGCCUCCAGUGGGACGACCACCGUUAUCUCAGAUGCAACCGCAACCGCAACCGCAACCGCAACAGCAAAUACAGCAACAGUUACAACAGCAGAUACAGCAACAGAUGCAGCAACAGAUGCAGCAACAGAUGCAGCAACAGGUGCAACAACAGGUGCAACAAUCUGCUGCUUUUGGACAACCAGGAUUCCAGGGUCCUCCCGGUCAACCUUUCUACCAAGUCCGUCCUAACCAGGCCGCCUACCAGAUGCCUCCCGGCCAACCCGCGUAUCAAGGGCAAGGAGGUGCAGACCCUUACGCAGUCAUAGGCGCCACAAUCGGAGGUGCUCUUACUGCUUUAGCUGGAGGUAGAACUGAUGCACCGGCUUCUACGGCUCAGCAGCAUCAAGCUGCAAAUCCUGAGCAGCAUACUCAAAAUUCUGAGCCGCAGCACGAAACUUAUUCUGAGCAACAGCAUGGGGAACAAUCUGAACAACACCAUACAGAACAGUCUGAACAGUACCAUGGAGGUUAUUCCGAGCAACAAUAUACGAACCAGUCAGAACAGCAUCAUGAGUCUUACUCCGAACAGUAUCAGGAAGCUCAAACCGGGGCCCAUGAACAAACUCACACCGAGCAAAACUACGCAAAUCACGAUGAACAGCAAAACACCGGAUACGCCAACGAAGAACACCAAACAUAUUCCGAACCGGCUCCCGCCGAAUCUCACCAAACUUCGGAGUCGUAUUACGCGCCCCAGCCAGAAACCACCAUCAUUAAUAACACGACAAUCAACAACAUCGAGAACACCGCAAUGGCCGAAGCAACGCAGAUGAACAUGAACUACACAGAUAACACGCAAAUAGCAGACACGACGCAGAUGAAUACGAACUACACGGAUACUUCGCAAGUGGAAAAUACAACGAACAUGAAUACGAUGAACACGGAAACGACCGCAUAUACGGACACAGCGUAUACGGACGCAACGAACAGCAACGCCAACACAGAAGUUACCGCGUUCGCAGAAGCGGCAUACGUGGACUCUUCAAACAUGAACAUGGAUAUGAACGCGAAUAUGAUGGCGUACUCGGACACAACAGCAUAUAUAGACGCAUCGUACGCGGACGCAACGUACAUGGACGCGAACGCGACGUACAUCGAUGCAUCCGUCGCCGUAGACGUAAACGUCGACAUGAACGUAGACAUGAGCCAGACGGCGUAUAUGGGCGACGAGACGUCUAUGAUGGCGAUGGAGGGGAGUUUCAGCGUGGAUGCUAGUGCGAGUUACGUGGAGACGGGUGCGGUGGAUUAUUCGGGCGGUGAUUGGGGUGGGGGUGAGUGGUGAUGGAUGUAGUGGAAUUUACCUACUACUAGAAGGACUGGAUUUGGUAGUGUGUUGGUGCAGUAUAUAUAUUGUUUAUUUCAUUGGAAUCGGGAAUAGCGCGGAUACCAUUAUUUAUAUUGUACCUAUCUACAUGAAAUAUAUGGAUUUGGAUCGUAGUAGGUUUAAGUAGGUUUAUGAGACGGAAUAUAUUGCAUUUAUCAGCCG